ACGAGAGGUCAGGGCAACAUGGCUGACGUUGAAAAUAAAUCUUCGCAAUAAAAUGAAUUAAUUCGAUGCUACGGGGAGCUCUGAUCUAUUUGGAGGAAUAUCCAGCGGUUUUCAGAGAAUACCAAUAUGGCAUUAGUCACAGUCCAGCGGUCACCAAGCCCAAGUAACUCCCAGAAUUCCGGCGAUCUAUUGGAUGGUGAUUUGGAGGAGUUGGAUCAACCAGAGGAUGAUGUUGAUCUACUACCUGAUAUAGAAAACAGUGGCCUCAUCCCACGAAGGAGUCGCAGAUUUAGUGAGAGUUACUUUGCAGUAAAGGGGGCAGCGCUUAUCUUACCACAAUCAGAAUGUACACGUCGUAUCAGCAAAAGUAUUGGAGGGGACAACAUCCAAACACAUUUACAGUCAAUGUUCUACCAACUUCGACCCCAGGAUACAAUCAAAGUUGCUGUUAAACUUGAAUCUCAAUUGUCACAUUCAAUUAGAUAUCUGGUAGUAGUGUCCUGCAAUGGGAAGCAAGAUACUGAGGAGAGUGUUCUUCUGGGAAUGGACUGUGGCGAAGAAACAACUAUAGGGAUGGUCCUCCCUAUUUGGGCAGAUACAAAGAUAGAAUUGGAUGGAGAUGGUGGGUUCAAGGUAUCAUCCGACUACAAACAGAGGAUCUUUAAGCCAGUCUCUGUCCAAGCUAUGUGGUCUGCCCUGCAAAGCCUUCACCGUGCGACAGACACUGCGAGGAGUUACAACUAUUUCCCAGGGGGCCUCACACACACGUGGAUUGGAAACUACGAGGCACGGAUAUCAUCAGAUCGCGAUAGUCUCAACGAGUGGGAACAGAUGGAGGACCUGGAAUCGGUGAAAAAUGAGACGAUGCUGAUGUCAAGAUCUUCCGAGAAAAUUGAGAGUGUCAUCAGGAAUAAGUUGCGGGAAGUUAUGACGACUGUGGAUCUGGAGGAAGUCACUUGCAAAUUUAUAAGGACAGAAUUGGAGAAAGAGAUGGCGAUGGAUUUGAAGCCAUAUAAGAGUUAUAUAGACCAGGAGAUGUUAGUUAUAAUGGGACAGAUGGAUGCCGCAUCAGAAAUAUUUGACUUCCUCUAUCUUGGGUCAGAAUGGAACGCUUCAGAUCUUGAAGAACUGAAAAAGAAUGGGGUGGGUUACAUUCUGAACAUGACUCGGGAAAUCGACAACUUCUUCCCUGGGCUGUUCCACUAUAUGAACGUGCGAGAGUAUGACGUCCCGGAGACUGACUUGUUGAAAUACUGGGACAAGACAUACAGAUUCAUAUCUAAGGCUAAGCAAGCAGGGUCUAAGGUGCUGGUACAUUGUAAAAUGGGAGUAAGCCGCUCUGCAUCCACGGUGAUAUCAUUUGCGAUGAAGGAAUAUGGCUGGGACUUGAAAAAGGCGACAGACUUUGUGCGCUCAAAGAGAAGCUGUAUCAAGCCAAAUGAAGGCUUCACUGCUCAGUUACAAACAUAUCAAGGAAUUUUAGAUGCAAGUAACCAGCGAGAACUCUGGAGGUGUAAGUCAGAAUCUAACCUCCUGAGCUGUAAAGGUGGCAGCACUGCUGAUGAACAAGAUGAAAACUGUGAAGGAAUGGACUCCUUAUUCCCCGGCGAUGACAUGUUUUCAUAUGGAGGAAAACCACGUUCUUGGAGUGGCGAGGAUGAAGAAAUAGGAAGACUAAUGAUGCGUUUUGGACCCAGUACAGGUGCAGAGGAGGAAACCCAAUCUUCGAUCUCAGAGACGUUAUCGCCGUCAUACAUUGUGACAUCAUCAAAAGGGGAGGAGCCAAUAAAAAUGACUGACAUACCAGCGAUAGUGCUCCAAGAUAAGUUUGACAUGGAUGUAGAAAUAAGUUCCCGAAGUGCCGACUCGAUGGAUGAUGUCUUCCCUAACUUACCUAGCCCCGAAGGGACUAAACUACCCACAAUUCAAUCUGAUUCAGUUACCAUGACAACCACAGACAAGGUUGAAAGUGGUAACACAACAAAUGUUGUGCUUAAUCUUAACCUGAUUGAAUCAGACGCCUUGAAGGAAGGUUCAUAUUCAUCUAUAGACAAUGCCUCUUGUAUUUUAUACAUUGACAAUACUAUUUCUUCAUCAGAUACGGACCAUAUCCAACAUAAUGUGCCUAGAACGGACAACCUUGAAACAAAGAAAAACAAUUUACAAUUAGAUCUUAGCGCAUUUUUAUCUAAAGACCCUGAAGCUGUUUCAGAUAUUGAAACUGAAAAAGAUAUUCAAUUGUUGUCUUUUAAACAAUUUGAUAACAAAUCGGAAGCAAGUUCCGUGAUUUCAGACAGUGGAUUAUUAGCACUGGCAAUAGGUGGUGCUGAAGUUGGUGAAAGUGCAGAUUUCGAUGAUGAGUCUGAUGGCGGGAAUUCAGACUCAGAGCUUAUGGGAUAUUACGAUUGCAGCAUGUUUGCUCAAAGUGCCGAUGAAGGGGUUCCCCUAACCCCUCUGACUCCCUCAAAAACCCCCGAUUUCAACUGGCGGGAACAUUUAGAAAUCCGUGGAUUUUCUUCAGAUGACGAGUUUGAAUUUCAAACCAGAAUAGCUCAGGAACUUUCCUUAAAACAGUAUCAACAGGAGAAUCAUGAAGAAAACGUGCUCAAUGAAGGUACACAUGAAGAGAAAGCGCUGAAUAAUGAGCAAAGUCCUGUUCCUAAAUUUUUUCAAACCCAAGUGUUACCCAGCCCCAUCCAAUCAGAGAAGUCCCGCCUUAUAUCAACAUCCAGUCUUACAUCAGAUGGGCUAACGACACCAGAGGGGAGUGCAGAUUCACUUCUCCAGAUAAAAGUUCGCCCUGAUACCAGCUGGAUAAAAUCUGAGCCUGAGUCAAUUGACCCUAUUUCCCCCAGCUCUACAGCCCCUGCUGAUGAUGCUAAUGACCCCCUUGUUACCACCCAUAAGGAUAUUGACCAGAAAACAAAGGAAGGUGGGGACCCAUCUGAAGGGAUGACUGCACUUAUAGAUGAACAAACUAGGAGUAGAAAUAAAGAAAUAAAGACAGAGUCUGAUGAAAAUCUACCGCAAACUGAAAAUGAGAAAGCCAGUGUUUGUGGUGAUAAAACCAUGGACACUAGAGUUGAGAUUGGUAUACGUCAGCAUUAUAAGAAAGAGGAUAUCAAAUGGAGCCCUGGGACAGUUAAGAGACAACUACAGGACAUUGAAUCAAGAUCUGCAAAGAAGGGACACACGAGGGAACCUUCCAAUGGUUCUGAUAAUGGAUCCGUGGACUCUGACAUAUCUAACAAGUCAGCUCAAGAAAAUCUCACUCCAAAUUCCAGUGGGGAACCUCUCACAAAUACUACUCCUUUUGAUGUGCCGAAAGGUUCUCCAGAUGGCAGUGGUAAAAACACACCCAUAUGGGGGUCUAGCGUUGAAGAUGUCUGCCUCACUCCUGGUACAGUACGACGUACAACUCAGGAGUUUGAGGAAAAACAAAGAUCUGUUGGUUAUGAAGACAUGCGACCCUCCAAGCCAGUUCACCGCUCCUCUAGCCUUAAAACCAUUCGCCCGUCUAAAUACAACCGUGAUGACGAACGCCGAAAGACAUGCAUGCCAGUCAUAUCACGACGCAGUCCCUUAAGAAACUCUUCUUCUAUCCCAAAGUCAAAAUCAUCAGAAUUUGGCGGAAGUUCAGAUCCUGUAUCAACCUCAUCUCCACUGUCAAUUUGGAAGCGACAGAGUGAUCCAGAUUUGAUGUCACCAGGCAAUGAUUCUACAGGCACUGGAGGUAGUUCAAAGGUCAUCGACAAGGACGCUGGUAUGGAAGAUGAUGCAGUGAUAAAGAUUUGUAACGAGGAUGUUCCCCUUCAGCAAGGCAUAGUGAAACGACAAACCAAAGAUUUUGAGAGUAGGACAAGUGAGUCAGAAAUCUCCACACUCAGUGACAAAUCAGCCAAUAAUCAACUUGCUACCAUUAACCAAUCAGAAUCAAGGAUAGAAAAGGGUCAUAAACGACAAAAAUCUGAUCCGAAGUUUGGUCAAAUUUCGCAGGGUGUACCAACAUCUUCUCCAAUGAUUUCUGCCUUUCUAACUGGAACUGAUGUGGUCGUAGGAAGCGUAAAGCAGCAACUUGAAGCCAUUGAACAAAAUAGAUUUGGCAUAGCAACACCGGAAGAUUCUUCUGAAGACCCCUUAGCUGCAGAUCGUAUUAAAAUGGACAGUGAGAUGUUGAGUAUGAUCCGCCAAGUUGGAACCUGUUUUCUCGAGAGUCCAGCGAAAGAAAAAACUCCUGAACAAUUAGGAAAACAUAAGCCAGGGAGGGGACUAGUGCAGCGUAUCACAAAUGACAUUGAGAAUAAAUCAUGUGGAAACGUAUUGGCAAAAUCAUCGUCAAAAUUAUCCGCUGCUAAAACACAUGCUUUUGUACCUCGGAAAUUAUCUCUUCCACACAAACUCCCGGAAAAUGAUGACAUUGAAUUUUUGAAUAUUGAGAAACCAUUUGCAGUAACUCCCAACACUGUACCUGUGUCUCCAUCUAUAGAGGCCAGGCCUUCCGUGAAGAGCGAGGUCCAGAGAUGGUCCACCGAGAUAUGCUCACCGAUCGAUGUUGUAUCAAUUAAGGAGGAUUUGUUUGUUGAAAAGAGUAAAUCGGAGCCAAAUUCAAAAACUGACGAUGUCAAAAAAUCAGAUGUUGAGACUAACAUGAGAAGCACCCUCAGCAGUUCUUCAACUCCCAGAAUUCAUAGCAAUUAUAGUGAAUCCAUGACAAUCCCCAAAGUUGAUCGUGACUCACCCAAAAUGGGUUUAUCCAAAAGUGCUCCAAAUUCACCAGGAAAGGAAAACAGUGAAUUAACAUCAGAUGGACUCGAGUGUAUUGAAGAUCUUAUGGUCAAAAAUCUUGUCAAUAGAUUUGAGGAUCCAACUCCUUGCCCCGACACUGAAAAUCCAGAUCUCCCACCUCCCGAGUCAAUUGACCAAGAAACUAUUAUUCGGUCAAAAAGUGCCUCUGAUAAACUUUACGCUCAAGGUUUUCUAGACCUUAAAGACAAUGGUGCUCCAACUUUAAAAUCCGUGGUUCAAGGAAAUACUGAUUUGAAAUCAGGCGCUAUACCAAAAUCUCCCCAGACUAAAAGUGCAGUUACUAAACCAAGUGCAGUAUUGUCAUCUCCUAAGGAAUAUAUUAAUGUAGCCUCAGACACUACUGUGAAAGGUGACAUAAAACCAUGUGACACCAAAUCAAAAGAUGACAGAAAGCUUAAAUGCGAAAAUGAGCCCAAAUGUCAAACUAAAGCAACAAGGAAAGCUCUGCAGGAAAAGAAGAAACAAGGUGAUCCUCUUACAGAUCAAGCCGGCACUUUACAUAUAGAAAAGACUCAAUCGCUAGAAGAAGAUAAUAUGAAUACAGGGGACGAGUACGAGGAGAUGCCCGUCAGUGCAAUUAGGAAAAGUUGGUCAUUACGUGAAAGUAAGGCGCAAGACAUCCAAUCGGUGUUACCCAAUCAGGGACUUAGGUCGAAAGUUCAAGAUUCAUCUGUCUCAAAAAUAAAAUCAUUCAAAGAAAAAUCAGUAGAAAGGGAAAAAGAACUUGAAAAGGGGGAUUCUAGUGUGAAGUCCAAUCUUGUAGGCCCAGCUCAGACUAUAAGCCAAAGGAAAAGUUGGCCCUCUAGGGGGACUAAAAAUACUGAGGAGUCUCAGUCCCAGGACAAUAAUAACUGCUCCAUAGAGGGUAUAUCCUUAAAACGCUGGUCAUUACGGGAGAAUCAACAACGGAGUUUUGCGCCACCUAUUGAGAGUCCCAUGGGAUUGUACGCAGUAGAGAAAAAGCUUCAUGGGAAAUCACAUCCUUUGGCAAAACUGCAAAUGAAAAAUAAAGGGCCUUUUGAUACGAUGUAGAUACAAUACACAUCCACUUUUACUUACCGCCUCUUUUACUGCUUUUAAAUGUCCUUUUUGAGUCAAAUGUUUUUGUUGUUCAUGUAAAGGAGAAAGCAUUAGAAAAGUAUGGUUAACUUGACCUUUUCCCUAGUUAUUGGGAUUCACCAUUUAGCCUUCACGGUACACAUUUUUCAUGUCAGUUUGUUCAAUGGUCUUCAACUGUACUUCGAUGCAAAGGCUUAUCUUUGCAAUAUACAAGUACAUUGUACAAAUAGUUGCUACUAUACUAUGGUGCCUUUAUUACCAGUUUUGGAAUCAGAGCUGUUCAAAAUUUUGAAUUGAAAUGCUUAACACCAAACACCAUCCACAAAA